AUGAUCUCCAGCUCCGUGUACCACCCCAGCACCAGUGGACCAACAUCCAUCACGCCUGGGGAGUCUUCUCCACCCUUGUCAGUGGAGCAACCGGCAGAGCUACAGCGGAUGCGCCCUUACAACUGUUUGCCGGAUUUUGAUGUUGAUCACUUUGUAUCAGACUGCAGGAAACGUGUGCAGUUGGAAGAGCUCAGAGAGGAUCUGGAGCUCUAUUACAAACUCCUUAAAACUGCCAUGGUAGAACUCAUAAAUAAGGACUAUGCAGAUUUUGUUAAUCUCUCAACAAAUCUGGUUGGUAUGGACAAGGCCCUUAAUCAGCUUUCAGUACCCUUGGGACAGUUAAAGGAAGAAGUUAUGAGUCUUAAGUCAUGUGUCAGUGAAGGAAUUCAAGCAGUUGAUGACCGAAUGACUAAACAGGAAGAUAUUAGAAGAAAAAAGAUGUGUGUCCUGAGACUUAUUCAUGUUAUUCAGUCUGUUGAGAAAAUUGAGAAGAUUCUACAUUCCCAAGGCACUAAAGAAUUGUCCUCAUUAGAGGGAAACAGCCCACUUUUAACUGGACAGGUUUUAGAGAGAAUUGCCACGGAAUUUAAUCAACUGCAAUUUCAUGCAGUACAAAGCAAAGGAAUGCCCCUUUUGGACAAAGUGAGACCACGUAUAGCUGGAAUAACAGCUAUGUUGCAGCAGUCUCUGGAAGGGCUGCUCUUGGAAGGCCUUCAAACUUCAAAUGUUGACAUAAUACGUCACUGUCUUCGCACUUACGCAACAAUUGACAAAACGCGAGAUGCAGAGGCACUAGUUGGUCAAGUGCUUGUAAAACCUUAUAUAGAUGAGGUGAUUGUGGAACAGUACGUUCAGUCUCAUCCUAACGGCCUUCAGGCUAUGUACAAUAAACUGUUGGAGUUUGUUCCUCAUCAUUGCCGUCUCUUGCGUGAAGUAACAGGAGGAGCUAUUUCGAGUGAAAAAGCAGAUAUUGUUCCUGGAUAUGAUUUCUUAGUGAAUUCAGUGUGGCCAGAAAUAGUACAUGGUUUAGAAGAGAAAUUGCCAUCCCUGUUUAACCCUGGAAACCCAGAUGUGUUUCAUGAGAAGUACACAACUAGUAUGGAUUUUGUACGGAAAUUUGAACGACAGUGUGGCUCCCAGGCCAGCGUGAAACGGUUAAGAUCUCAUCCCUCUUACCACAGCUUUAACAACAAAUGGAAUUUGCCUGUAUAUUUUCAAAUACGAUUCAGAGAAAUAGCAGGAGCCUUAGAAGAAGCACUUUCAGAUACACUAGAGGAAGCCCCAGCUGGCAGCUCAUAUUGUCUUUUGGCCACUCACAUGGUCUGGAUGAGUCUUCUGAAGUGCUGGUCAGAUCAAAUGUUUUUACCGUUAUUAGCACACCGUCUGUGGAAACUUAGUCUGCAGAUUUUGGCACGCUACUCUGUGUUCAUUGGUGAGGUUUCUCAAAGGCCCAUUUCCUGUGAGAACACGAAAGAAAGCAAAAAAUCUGUGCCAGUUGGUAGAAAGGAAUCUUCUGUAAGCUUCAACCCUGGUGAGGACCAAGGGAAUGGGUCUUCUCCAGAAAGUCAGCCAUUACCUUCUAUAUCUAGUACUCAGCUGGUACAUGUUGCUGCAGAUCUGGACAAACUCCAGGAUCAGAUUCCUGACAUCUUAGAAAUGAUUAAACCAAAACUUGAAAUGAUUGGCUUCAAGAAUGUAUCUUGUAUUGCAGGAGCCUUGGAAGACUCAAAGACUUCUUUAUCAGCCUGCGUGCCUACCUUGAAUAACAGGAUUAUCCAGGAUCUCAGUGAGUCCUCCUUUGCUUACCUGAAGAGUGCACUGGAAGUUCCAAGAUUAUAUAGGAGAACCAAUAAGAAUGGUAUCUUGAAACAGUUUCCACGGCACUGGUAUUAUGAAACUGUAUCUGAUGUGCUAAGUUCUGUUAAGAAAAUGGAAGAGAGCCUAAAAAGAUUGAAGCAAGCCAGAAGAAAUGUAGCUUCAAACCCUGUUGGUACAAAUGGGGGCAUGAGUGAUGAUAACAAAAUCCGACUGCAGCUGGCCCUAGAUGUCGAGUAUUUCGGAGAACAAAUACGAAAGAUGGGACUGGAAACAAGCAGCAUAAAAAGCUUUACAGCCCUUACAGAGCUGGUUCUAACUGCCAAGGAUCAGGCUACAGCAGAGCAAUCCUAGAUAUUUUUGAAAGCAUGUGAUUUAAGAUAAACAAUGUCCCCAUAAGAAAGAGAGAGAAUUUAACUUUUCUUUAUUUCACCAAAUAAGUAGCAAUGAAGUGCUUCCUAAUGUAUCUUGAGCAACAAAUCAGUGCAUCUUCUGUCAAGACAGGCUUGUUUCACCAAAAGACUGAGAAUUUACCAUAGGUUUCCAUUAUAUGGAAAGCAAUCAAAAGUUCUAAAAUUUCUACUGUAGAAUAAAAGUGGAAGAAAAUGGUUUUUUAUUUUUGUUGUACAACUUAAAAUGUAGAAGAAUGAACUUAUAUGAUGAAAAUAAUAUGUAAUAAAUUGUCUUCCUAA